AUGAGCAAAGCAGGCAAGCCACAGAGACGCACCACCUACCUCAUUUCCCUCACUCUGGUGAAGGUUGAGGCUGUGCCAGAAGAUGUAGCAGGAGCCCAAGGACAGAAUGCAGCUCUCCCAGAGAGAGAAGAGAGUGCUGAGAAAGAGGAGGCGAGCAAGGCCACCGAAAAGGAGGAAAGACCUGUAUGUGUGGAAGUAGUGGAAGAAGAAAACACACAGGUGGUGGAGGUGGAACAGGUGCAUGUCAAGUUUAGCGGCCCCACUCAGAACAGGGGAAAGCUUGAGAGGAGGGAAACUUAUGGAUGCCAAAAAGAUAGCACGUUUAUUAGUAAAAGCAAAGAGGCUGCUUUUGUACAUCCACCUGUCAAAGAACCAGUUAAAGUGUAUGGAGGAACUUUCUCUGAGGGAGGGGUGCGCAGAGAGGGACCUCGUCCAGAUGGAUUGCGCCCUAAAACAGAGAUUUACAGGGAGCCACCUGUACUGUUCCUAAAGAGCGAGAAUGGAGCCGACCUGAGCAGCAGUCGAUCACGUUGCAGCCUCCCCUUCUCUGUCCCACCGCAAAUCAGCCAGCGUCCUGAAGUCCUCAUGAGGUCACAUACAGGGGGUGACCCUGCGUGCUGGUGGGACCUGAGGGAGGCCAAUCAGAGUAUUUUCCCUUCUGCUAAGACUUUGGAGCGCAAGGAUAACCGAAUCGGGGACCAGUCCCCGAUUAUGGCAGCUGCAACUUUAGGGCCUUACAGGGCAUCCUGGGCCGACAGCGAUGGUAAGGGCACACUCAUUCGCCCUGGGGCUCCUAUCAGUGGAGGAUUUGCAGGGAUAAUGACAAGGGACAGCCCUCAAAGCGAGAGGCUUAAGACAGUUUCCACUUCCUUGCCUGCACCCCCUGCCACCCUCGUGUCCAAGCCUCAACGAAAAGGUAAAAGCCGCACCCUGGACAACAGUGACCUACAUUCUCUUUCUGAGGACCUGAAGAAGGGUAAGGAGGGCCAGGGAGGAACGAUCCAGCGAGCUCCAGCUCGUGACCGCAAGAUGCUCAAGUUCAUUAGUGGAAUUUUCACCAAAAGUACUGCUGUGCCACCAAGCACCAACACUGCAUCCCCCCUCUAUCCAGCUGUGGAGAGAGGGUCUAGCGAGGAGGAAGCUGCAUGUGCCAGCAGUCAGGACUGGUCCAUCAGUCAAACUGUACAAGAGCUUCACUUGGGUGUUUUGGGCGGUCUGUGCAGUGGGAAGUCUGCUCUGGUUCACAGACACUUGACCGGGAGUUACCUGCCCUUGGAGAACGCUGACGGGCGCCAGUAUAUUAAGGAGGUGCUGGUCGACGGACAGAGCCACCUGUUGAUAAUCAGAGAAGAAACAGGACUCCAAGGCGCUCAGUUUGCAAACUGGGUGGAUGCAGUCAUCUUGGUCUUCAGUUUGGAAAAUGAAGCCAGUUUCCAGGAAGUUUACAGAAUAUACAACCAGCUUGGUAUGCACCGGCCCAUUACUGAGAUACCGUUCAUAGUAGUGGGCACUCAGGAUAAGAUCAGCAGCACCAACCCCAGGGUAAUAGAUGAUGCCAGGGCCCGGCAGCUCUGCUCAGAUGUGCGGCGCUGCACUUACUAUGAAACCUGUGCUACUUACGGCCUCAACGUGAACAGAGUCUUCACUGAUGCUGCUCAGAAGAUCAUGGCAGCCAAGAAGCAAGCUGCUCUGCUGGCUUCCUGUAAGUCUCUCCCUAACUCUCCGAGUCACUCCGGCGGCUCCACCCCAGUGUCGGGAGUCUUUCCAGGACAGGCGAGUAAUGGUGGUCAGAGCAGUGACUAUUCCUCUUCCCUUCCCUCCACUCCUGUGAUUAGUCAUAAAGAGAUCUGCAGGGCUGGCAGAGGGGAGCGACAGGACAGCGCCACCCCUGGGUCUGUCCGCAGUGGCACUCGAAGACGCACCUCCCGCUUUUCGAGCCGGAGAGGCAGCGACUCAAACAGAAGGAGUGCAGACGGUAAGGGGGAUCUGGGUAGUGGACGCUCCAUUCCCAUAAAACAGAGCAUCUUGCUGAAGCGCAGUGGGAACUCACUCAACAAGGAGUGGAAGAAGAAAUAUGUCACUCUGUCCAGCGAUGGCAUGCUGUCCUAUCACUCCAGUGUCAAUGACUACAUGCUGAAUGUUCCUGGGAAAGAGAUGGACCUGCUGCGGGUGACAGUGAAGGUGCCAGGGAAGCGGCCGCCGCGUGCCGUGCCCACCUGUGGCCCUCCAGUUGGGCUCAACGGGCGGGUCAAAGAUGUCCCUGGGCAUGAGGGUGUCAGCCCAGUCCCUGUGAGCACCAGUAGCCUCCUGCAAGUGGAAGAAAUGGAAGGACUGGGUGGCGCUUUAUUCCUUAGAAAUAAUAGAGGGGUGCAGCGGUGCCCCUCCACAUUAUCCAACCACGCACACAGUGUUGACUCUGCUUUUGAGGGGGUGUCCAGCUCCUCCUCUACUAAAGACAUGGGCGCUGGCUCGCCAGUGACCGACAGGAAGAAGCAUCGCAGGAAGAAGAGCAUGAACCAGAAAGGAGAUGCAACCAUGGGUCAAGCAGACGCCAAGCGCAAAAUGUGGAAACUAAAAAGCUUUGGUAGCUUAAGAAACAUAAACAAGACAGAUGAGGACACUUUUGACUUCCUAAUUGUGUCAAGCACGGGCCAGACAUGGCACUUUGAAGCCCAGAGCGUGGAGGAGAGGGACUCCUGGGUCCAAGCCAUUGAGAGCCAGAUCCUGGCCAGCCUGCAGCUGUGUGAGAGCAGCAAAAACAAGGCUCGCAAGAACAGCCAGAGUGAAGCCGUGGCUCUGCUGGCCAUCCGCAACGCAAAGGGCAACAACUUCUGUGUCGACUGCGACGCUCCGAAUCCGACCUGGGCCAGUCUGAACCUGGGCGCACUCAUAUGCAUCGAGUGCUCUGGGAUCCACAGAAACUUGGGGACCCACCUGUCACGUGUUCGCUCCCUGGACCUUGACGACCUGCCACGGGAGCUCACGCUGGUUCUGAGUGCAAUCGGCAACCACAUGGUCAACAGCAUCUGGGAGGGGCGCACUCUGGGCCGCCAUAAACCAACACCUGAUGCGACUCGAGAGGAGCGGGAGUCAUGGAUCAGGGCCAAAUAUGAGCAAAGGCUGUUUGUGGCACCGUUGCCUCCUCCCACUCCUAGCGAGGGGUCGGACAUCACAUUGUCUGGCCGUCUUCUGUUGGCAGUGAUGGAGCACAACCUCCCCAGACUGCUCCUCCUCUUGGCCCACUGUACCAAGGAGGACAUUAACACCCCGGUCAGCCUGGCCCUCGCCUCCAAGUCCCCCAUGGCAGCCCGAUUACCCAGCUCUGCCCUACAUGCUGCCUGUCAGCAGGCUGAUGUAGUCAUGACACAGCUUCUAGUCUGGUAUGGUUGUGAUGUCAGAUACCGGGAUGCACAGGGGCAGACUGCCCUGGCUCUGGCACGCAAUGCUGGCAGUCAGGAGUGCGUCGACAUCUUGCUCCAGUAUGGAUGCCCAAAUGAACCAGCCCCCUCCAUCGCCACAACAGCCAGCUUCGCAGGAGCUGCGACUCCCAGCUUCUCUGUUGCCAUGACGCCGAGCCUAUCUGUGGCCACGACACUCAAGAUCUCGCACAAGAGCGGCACCACCAGCAUGAGUCAUAGCAGCUCUAGACGAGCAGUGUCAUAA